AUGGCUUCAUUAUCUUCCUCUCUGAAAUUUACAGCGAGAAGGUGCAAACCUGAGUUGGUAGCUCCUGCUAAACCUACUCCUCAUGAACUCAAACUACUCUCCGACAUAGAUGACCAAGAUGGCUUGCGUUUUCAGAUUCCAAUCAUAAUGAUUUAUCGUAACGAACCAUCAAUGGCAGGGAAAGACCCGGUUGAAGUGAUUCGAGAAGGACUCGCUGAAACACUUGUGUUCUACUACCCAUUUGCGGGUAGGAUUAGGGAAGGGCAUGAUCGGAAGUUGAUGGUGGAUUGUACUGGGGAAGGUGUUAUGUUCAUUGAGGCUGAUGCAGAGGUAACACUUGAUCAAUUUGGUGACUCUCUUGUACCUCCAUUCCCAUGCUUCGAAGAACUCCUAUAUGAUGUUCCAGGUUCACAGGAGAUUACUGACUGCCCCAUUCUACUCAUACAGGUCACACGGCUCAAGUGUGGUGGUUUCAUCUUGAUCGUCCGCUUAAAUCACACCAUGUGUGACGGAGCUGGUUUGUCACAAUUCAUGAAUGCUUGGGCUGAAAUUGCUCGUGGUGCUCGCCAACCUUCCAUUCCACCUGUGUGGCAAAGGGAGCUUCUAUUAGCAAGAGAUCCACCUCGCAUUACAUGCAACCACCGCGAAUACGAGCAAUUUCCAAACACCAAUGAAGGAACCGUUACUUCAUACGAGAACAACAUGGUUCUUCGAUCUUUCUUCUUUGGACCCGCCGAGAUGGCAGCCCUUCGUCGCUUGAUUCCACAUCACCUUCGCGCAUGCUCCACAUUUGAUGUCAUUACAGCAUGCUUCUGGCUUUGUCGCACAAAAGCAUUGCAAAUAGACCUAGAUGAGGAUGUUCGCAUGAUGUGCAUUGUCAACGCACGUGCGAGGUUCAAUCCUCCUUUACCUGUUGGCUAUUAUGGCAAUGCUUUUGUGUAUCCGGCAGCAAUCACCACUGCAAGGAAGCUUUGUGAAAAUUCAUUUGGGUAUGCUGUGGAAUUAAUGAACAAAGUGAAAAGUGAGGUCAAUGAGGAAUAUGUGCGUUCAGUGACAGAUUUAAUGGUUAUAAAAGGACGAUGCUUGUUUACAACUGUUAGGUCUUGUAUUAUAUCAGAUUUGACACGUAGCAGGUUUAGAGAAAUUAAUUUUGGGUGGGGUAAUGCAGUCUAUGGUGGAGUGGCCAAAGGUGGAGCUGGGUCUUUUCCGGCAGUAACUUUCCAAGUGCCAUAUAAAAAUGCAAACGGAGAAGAAGGUAUAAUAUUACCGAUUUGGUUGCCCACCAAAGCUAUGGAAAGGUUUGUGAUAGAGUUAGGUGAGAUGCUUGGGAACCAAAACCAACUUAAAAAGAGUGGUCCUCGUUCCAUCAUGUCAAGCUUGUAG